AUGGACACUUGGUGCUGUCCUACUCCGCCAUACACUGAAUCAAUUACAAAUUUUUAUCCCCCAACUCAUAGUUAUGACAACUUUCAGCAAGAUUACACAUAUAGAAAUAAUAAAAAUGUUAUCAAAUCAUCUUUGAUAUACAGAGAUUGUGGGCCAAAUACCUCCAAUCGUAUAAAUCGCUUCUACAGUCUAGUCUCACAGCAUCUAGACUCUAUUUAUCUGGCGCCUUACCACCCUAGCCAUUUCUCUAGAGUAAAUCAAAAUAAGGCACGGAGGGUUAAGAAACCUAUUAUUCUUUCUUCAUACCUAGAGCGAGAAUUGAUUAAUUCAUUAGCUUUGGUUCACCAGAGUGAUGAGUUGAUAGUCAUUGCCAAGCCAACUGGAGCUCUAAAUUCAGGAAUUUCUUUAUUUACAAUAGAAAAUGGUACUCAAUCAACUGAAAAUAAUGACUUAAAUGAUAUUUUACAGCCAUAUGGCUACGAUGGAUUCCAUAUGCAGGUGAAAUUUGCUUCUAAUGGCAAAAUUUGGACUUGCAGACACAAUUCAAAAAUAUACGUCAAAGAAUUAACCGCCAAUGCAACAUUCAAACGCAAAUUUAGAGAUUUAGAUAUACUUGAACUCAAAUGUGACAAUAAAAAUACGAACAAAUCUAUGGUUUAUGCUAGAAAUUUCUAUGGCUUUAUCGCGUUAUCAAUUGAUCUACAUUCACUAGCUCCUAAAGUGAUUAUAUCAAAUAAAUAUGCCAAUAAAAAGAUUUAUAAUAUAUCAGUAUCACCUUAUGAAUCUGGAACCGCUAUAUUAUUAAAUAAAAAUGCAUUUACAAUUCAUUCAUUCUCUACUGAUAGGGAAAUGGAUUUUGAUUUAUCGUCUAAUAACUUGAAUUGCGAUAUACAAACAAUUACUUAUGGCUCAUCUGCCAAUAUCAUUUUGAUGGGAAGUCACAAUUUGUAUAUUCAAGAUAUCAGAACUAAAAAAUUGACGCAGCCAAUAAUUGACAAUGGCAUUAAAGCUCACAUAUCUACCAACUCCCGUUGGUCAUUUAGGCGGAUCAAAAAUAAGCCUCUAUACAAGGACAAACGCUACUUCUCAGCAGAUUCGUGCGCAUAUAGCAAUUAUUAUCGUGCCAAUGACAAUCUUUUUUGGGGCGCAAUUACUGCAAUUGCUUCCCACCCAAUCCAUGCGAAUAUUGUAGCCUUUGUCUACGGCGUGUCAGAUUGCAUAUACAUUUUUGACCUAAAUAUGCCCACCCGGCCCUUGUAUGAAUUGCCCAUUACCAACUCUGUCCACAUUGGCUCUCGCUGUAGGCAUAUCGAAUGGAUUGAAGCUAGCGGUUAUUUCAAAUGGCUACUAGUGCCUUUUAACUGGCGUGAUGAUGCAAUAAAUGUAUUCCAUUUUGACAGCAAUAUAACUAUUGCCCAUCCAAAGCAUUUGGUUGUCUAUCCUCAGGUAGAUGUACUGGAAGAGUCAAAAAGAUUCCCAAAUUAUUCCGGGUUAUUUGAGACAAAUAGUGACAUUAGUAUGCCAACAAUAUCAACAGAAUCAAACCUCCUUAACGUCAUUUUUCAUGGAUAUUCCGGCAUUACAUUUGCCAAAAUUGAUAAUCAUAUGCAUUCACUAAUGAGUAGCACAUCGGGGAGAUUGAUAGAUAUUGCUUAUGAUGGUCAUGUACUUGAUAAUUACAUAAAGGAACAUCCAGAGAAAAAAACAGGAAAAUGGGUUGGUACAAUUGAGGAACGAGUUGGAAACCUUGAAUUGCAGAAAAAUAAGGUUAUUUCUAUCCCUGACGAUGAGUUUCUUGAUGGGCUAUGCGAUUUAAAGGUCAAAAGUCUGGUUGAUUACAACAAGCGAAUUGACAUACCUUCUAACUUCAAAUUCGACUCCACCCUAACAUCAACCGAAUUUACAAUAGGGGUUUCCAACUAUAAAAUCAAUGAUUUCAGUGACAAUGCAAUUAAACAACAUUAUAAUAAUUUGCCAGUGUAUGAUGGUUACAAAUAUUUCCAGCUUGAUAGAGUAAAGUAUUUAAGUAAUUAUUCAUGGAAGAGAUUGGAAAAAGUUGAGCGGUUAAACCAGAAGUGUCCAUAUGCUGAAUUGUAUAAUUCAUACUACCAAAAUGUUAAACAAACAAAGUUACCAAAUAUUAACAUUGAUGAGUCAAAUUUUGAAGAUGAUUUACAAGCUUUUAGUUGCAAUGUGAGUGAAACUAUGGGCAAAAUUGCUGUAACACAACCCAUUGAUGUCGUUAUGUGUACAAAUAUUGAAGAUAUAAUGGCACUUGCAGAUGGAAUUAAUGUAGAGAAUGUAGACAAACCUAGUAAAAGUGCCUCUGAUGUGUUGGACAUAGAUAUAAUUGCCAAGAUAACCAAUCUCGGUUUCAAUUAA